AUGAAAAAGAGCAAGGUAAGGAAAGACAGACGUCACAAAACUGAAUUAAGACAUACCAAAAGGAAGGAAGAAAAGGAGGGAAAGACGUCUGCUGCAGCAGCAGGCCUGAGACUGAGGUGUUUCUUCACUCUUAGAAACACAUUUAAUUAAGGCAUACCGAAAGAAAGAAAGAAAGAAAGAAAGAAAGAAAGAAAGAAAGAAAGAAGAGGGAAAGAUGUUCGCUGCAGCAAGCCUGAGACUGAGGUGUUUCUUCACUCUUAGAAACACUGGGAAGUUGAAUUCAGCAGUGCUGCUUUUCGCAAUCCUUCGCUAUCAAAGGAGCUUCUCUGUUUCCCUUGGAAGGAAGAAACCAAACAAACCCCAAACCCUGGUUCAUAAUCUGUGUCAGAAACUGGGUUACCAACUGUCAGAGAUGUUGGCUUCCCGUUUGAUAGUUUGUCUCCAGCUUGGCAUCAGGUAUUUUGCUGAGUAUACCACAAACCUUCAGAUCUGAGAAGGGUGGUGUGGUGUAAUUUUUUUUGCAGGGAGCCUCAUAACCCACUUUGAUUCUCUGACCAAAACUAUCCUGGCUCCCUCCUCAAACUGAUAAGAAUCCACCCUACUUCACAUACUGAACAGUUAAUAAGUGCCCUAGGUCCAAUAGCUGACCCAGCCCUUUUUUAAAAUCACAGGUUUACAAUCCAGUUCACGAAGCUUUGGAGCGACUCCUGUCUAAAGAUCAAGGCAAACCUCCCUCAUACUUAUUAUUUAUUUACUUCUAAUUUUCUCCUCAGAAUUUAUUUAUUUAUUACUAAUUUAUUCAUUACUAAUUUCUCCUCAGAAUAUGGAGGCUGGGCCUUGGGGAGCUGCUUCCUGGUUAUCAAAAGCUUGCAUUAGAGGCCUAGCAGAAAACCCCACUCCCUGGAUUGCAGGGUUGCCUCUGUACAGCUCCAAUAUGAACAAUUUUUAAAUCUCCAAUUCGAGCAGAAAGUCAGGAUUGUUCUUUUCCAAACUGCUGCUGUCACCUAUUCAUACCUCAUUGGUUGUGCAAUGAGAGGCCUGGGGAAGGAAUGGGGAGGAGGAGCCAUGUUUUCUCUUUCCUGCAGUGUAUGCUUUUAAAUGUCCUAUUUUCAUCUCAGCCACAAGGCUGCAACCCUGCUGCCUUGUUAAGCCCAGAACAUUUAUAUCCAUUUUUUGUUUAAGAGUCCUAUUCCAAUGUGAAUUUGAUAGUCCAGAAACAAGAGUCUGGAAUGUUCCUUCAAUUCACUUCAACUCACCCAGAACAGGCAUUCAUACAUUUAUUUAUCUGAAUUCAUACAUCACAGUAUGUAUAAGAGAAAUAACAAAAUCCAAGUUAAAAGUAGUGAUGCAUUUAUAUGACCAAAGAGAUUUACCCUCAGGAUAUCAACCAAGUCAGACUUCCUCCCUCUUUCCUAACUAUGUUUUGGUGCCUCUUCUUAAUACCAUUUCCCUUUGUUUAGCAAAGCUAUACCUGCUGUUGCUUCCACUUUCCAGAGCAGCCCUUUCUCUACUACAUGUCUUUGCUUUUUCUGCUCCCCUGUUCUCCUGCUCUGCAACCCAAACCCCUCCCUAUAAUCCUGUGCAACUCCUUUUUCUUUUUCCUGUGGUCUUUUCCAUUUAGAGACAUGGGUUCCUUGCUACUUUGGCUGAAAACAAACUACGUAUAUGUUUAAAGUGCAUUUAAACAACAGCACCCACCUGCCCCACCCCCCAGUCAGAACCGUAGUUCACCCAUCACAGAACUACAGUUCCCAACACCCUUAACAAACCACAGUUCCCAGAAUUCUUUGGGAGAAGUCAUGUACUUUAAAUGUAUGGGGUGUACCUGGUUACUCAACUCAGGCUCCACAGAGGUGUAGUUAAUGUAAGAGGUUUUAUGAAACAACAUCUGCAGCAGUAGUUUGCCACAUUUGUAAAUUAAUUCACUGUCGCCAUGACUGAGUAAACUGACUUGGCAGCAUGGACGAUACAAAAGUACCUGCUUAUCUGCUUGCUGUGGAUAUUACUGUUGGUGGAUUAAAGUGUUCCAUAUACAGAGCUAGUGCAGUCAACAGUUAUACAUAAUCAGUUUGGGAGGGUUUUCCUUCUGCUAACUCUGCACCCUAAGAUACCAAAGAGCAGCAGUGUUUUAAGGGAAAAUACACAAUGGAAAACUUUGAUGGAAAAAACCUGACUCUUGGUCUAUAGAGAAGUGUUAAAUGUUGCCUCAUUAUAUUUGAGGAUAAGAGCCUACAGAAGUUUGGCAACUGUAUGAAGAGAUAUGCAGCAGAGUCUCUCUAAAUCUUUCUGAAUGCGUAAAUGACAUGUAAAAGUGAGUUUUUAUUGCACUUGGCACACUGCCUGAGGUCAUAACACAUUGCUUCCUUAGUAAAUGUCUUUUCCCCCUAACCACAAAGAUAUACUUCAGACCUACCAAAAACCCCAUAGGGAAUAAGAACUGGGAUUUCCCAUUAAACAGACGGUGAUCACUUCAUAAUGGAUUGCUGGCAAGUUGCCAAGUCUACAGUAUGACUUGCAAAUGAUUUCCCCAAUAACUACCUUUUUCAGAAAAACAGAAUCACUGUUUUGCUGUAUGAAGUGAUUCACAAUAACAGCAGCAGAAUUAAAAGUAGAGUGUUCAGGGUACGAGGGCAAGCAAUAAGAAGAAAGGCCAGUCAUUGUUGGGGGAAAGCAUACCAAAAGUUGGUGACUCACAAAGACCUGCUGUUUUUUCAGAUGUUUGGAAUCUCACAUAUGUGGAAGCAAGCCGCAAUUGCUUGGGGCAGUGUUGCAUGAACAGAACCAUUUCCACUUGCACAGUGGGACUUCCCCCCCCCCCCUGCACACUCACUACAUCUGUUAUGGGGUCCCCCCAACCCCCCAGAACACAUCUGGGGACAGGCAAGGGAGGAAAGGGGGGUGGAAGUCUUGUUGUGGAAGCAGAAGCAGGCCCAUGGUUGGAGGGGGGGCAGCCAGGUUCACUUGCUCUGGACCUUGGAGGGCUAAGCCAGCCAAGGCACCGCACUGGGGACCAGCUACGUUUUUUAGUUUAGAACUUCAUUCUAACUCCACUCUGGGCCUCAGACAGGCUCGGCACAGGCCUGAACAGAAUACUUUCUACUUACGCAAUUAUUUACUUGAAUACUGCCCUUGGUCAGAUUGGAAAGGUGCCUUAUACAUGUGUCAAAGUCUCUCUAGUAGCAAGGAAAAUGCUCAUAAUUAUUAUCAGCAGGUAGUAAUAGAAAUAAGGCUUUUUCAUUAGAAAGUCUUUCGCCAGAAGGGGAGAACAUGCAGUGUGCCGGCUCCACACACCAUGUGGUUAUGCACGGUGGUGAUGGAAGCACAUCAAUCCUGAGGGUUUGCUCUCAGUGCAUUGGCAAUACCAAGCAUAUCACUUUAAUGCUUCCUACAGGAAUUAAUAUCCUUUACUUACAUAGGAGUGUAAGUACAUAGGAGUGAAGUGUACUUAAAGGAGAUAACUUUGGGAGGGGGUUGGAACAGUUAAAACUCUACACUUGUUGGCUUCUGUUUUUCUGAGAGAAGGCAGCUUUCCCCCCCUCCCCCUGGUCAUGCUGAAUACAGACCAUUUACUUUGUCUUAUAUUGGACAUGAGGGGCACGAGUGGCGCUGUGGGUUAAAUCACAGAGCCUAGGGCUUGCCGAUCAGAAGGUCGGCUGUUCGAAUCCCUGCGACUGGGUGAGCUCCCGUUGCUCGGUCCCUGCUCCUGCCCACCUAGCAGUUCGAAAGCACGUCAAAGUGCAAGUAGAUAAAUAGAUACCGCUCCGGCGGGAAGGUAAACAGCGUUUCCAUGUGCUGCUCUGGUUCGCCAGAAGUGGCUUGGUCAUGCUGGCCACAUGACCCGGAAGCUGUACGCCGGCUCCCUCGGCCAGUAAAGCGAGAUGAGCUCCGCAACCCCAGAGUCGGCCACGACUGGACCUAAUGGUCAGGGGUCCCUUUACCUUUAUAUUGGACAUAAUGGGAGCCACUGAAAUUUGAACCUACUCUGACUAGCAUCAUCACACGCUUUCAUCAUCAUAACUCCAUUCCAUUUCUUGGGCACUCUUGAGCAUGCUCGAUACCCUCUAAGUGUCCCUAUUUUCCAGGGACGUCCCUGAUGUAGAGAAGUUGCCCCGGUUUCUGAUUUGAUCCUGGAUGUCCUGCUUUUCCUUAGGAUGUCCCUAUUUUCAUUGGAGAAAUAUUGGAGGGUAUGGAGUUAUCUGACCCCCGAGCUGUCUGAAAACAAUCCUGUAUAGGGAAGGUUUUUUAAACAUUUAAUGUUUCAUUGUGUUUUUAUAUAUGUUGGAAGCUGCCCAGAGUGGCUGGGGCAACCCAGUAAGAUGUGUGGGGUAUAAAUAGUAUAAUUAUCACUAUGGACGGGACGUCCCUAUUUUCAUCAGAGAAAUGUUGGAGGGGAUGUUUGUGUUCAUUUGCUUUGAGACCUACACAAUGAAACGUGAGAUAUAUAUUAUUUUUAUUAUUAUUAAUUUUUGCAGAAAAUUGUGCCCCAAGCUGCACAGGAAUUACUGUCUAAUCUUCAGUUCUUUCAGUUGCAAAACUGUUCUCUCAGCUGCCUUAAGUUUUCAAAUGAUUUUCACCCAAUUAAGAAGAUAUAAAACGAUGCCAAAAACUGCUAACAGAGAAAUACAUUUAAAGUCAUUCACUUUUGUCAGCUUUUUUUAAAAAAAGACAAACAUUUGUUCGCUUGUUUGCGGCUGAGUAAAUAUAUGAGCCACAGUGCGAGCAAGCUAAGAAAAUCUAAUACGUGUCUUUAUAAGGUGUGAGUAUGACAUUGUAAACUGCCCUUCCUUUGCUGAAAAUCUGUAAUUGGAUUUUUAUGUGGCUUGUUAUUAAAAUGUUUAGUCUGAGUAAGAUGAAGGAAGAAGUGACUCUUUGCAUGAUCUGUAAUUAAGCCUGUAAAACAUUUGGAUCACAUUUUCCCCUAGAUGUAUCUUGAUAUGGCCAUGUUCUACUAAAGGGCAAGCGAUGGAAUGUUUUAUUUCAUAUGAUUUCUCUGCAUUUGAUUGACAGCAGAUCAAAGUAUGCACUGACCGCACCCACCCCAUUGUAAAGCAUUGAGCAUGAGAGGAUAUGAAAGUUGUGCCUGUGGUGCUGGAAGAUUCUAAUGACUAAUUUGCACAUGCAAACCUUUAUUAUGAAGCUGCAAACUGCUUAUGCCUAGUUUGUCCAUAUUUUGUGGGAGGGAAUCAGUCAUAUACCAGAAAUUUAGGUUUACACAAUAGUUUAAAGAUUGCUGUUGUCCAACCACAACAAAUUCACUUUUUAUUUUAAAAAAUAUUUAUUGCUGUUAGGAAGGUGACAGGAAAAUGCAUAGGAAAUGUGGGAUGACUGAAUGAUUAAUGGACUGAAUGAUUAAUGGGAAGAUCAGAGAAUCAGAAUUAUAGAGUUGGAAAGAACCAUAAGGAUCAUCUAGUCCAACCCCUGCAAUGCAGGAAUCUUGCACCCAGUGUAGGGCUCAAACCCACGACCAUGAGAUUAAAAGUCUCAUGUUCGGGUCCCAACUGAACUAUCCCGUUAUAAACACCACAUAAGAAAAUCAGGAUGAAUGCUCAUUGCUGAAUAACAUCCCCACAAACAAAUCAGAAUGAAUGAUCAGUAAAGACAGGCUAUAGCCUAACCCCCACAUAAGUUUUGUGCAAGCAAAUCAGAUCAGCUAAUGGAAACCACUAUCCUAUGACGAACAUGCAUGUGUGAACCCGUCCCUAUAUUGGUUUUCCUUCACUCUGUUGGUCUUGCUUAGAUGUAGAAUUACUUCUACCCGCAGUCUGUCUGAUGUUCUUCUCUGGUUUCCUCUUCUUCUCUUACAGCAUGAGGCUUGGCAGUGUGAGACAUCUGGCACUAUCUGCUUGCUAGGACUGCGCUGUGCCUCCUUUCCUUUUGUUACCUGCUUGUGGCGUACUGGUAAGGAUUGUGUGAGUUAAUCUUACUGUCUUGUAAAAAUAGCAGACAUUCCUGUGGUAAGCCAAGUACUAGUAUUUAUUAACUAGCAGAGGAAAGAAGAGCUAUAUUAUUCACAGGAACAUGGGAAGCUGUCUUACACGAAAUCAAAUAAUAUAUUUGUCCAUUUGUAUAAUUCGUAACCCAUCUAUCUACUUCACAGAGCUAACAAAAUUUAUUUAUUUAUUUAUUUAAUGCAUUUCUAUCCCACUUUUCAAAGCACCCCUGCAAUUUUUUUUUUUAAAAACGUAUAAAACAUUGAAACGAAACAGUAUAAUGAAAUACCAUUCCAAUACUAAAAGAAGCAGCCUUAGGGAAAAAAGGGAAAAAACUCAACACAACAAAUUAGCCAACCUUCAAUAAAUAUACAAUUAAAUUUUAAAAAGAGCAGUAUAGCAUAUAAUUUAAACAUCAAAAUUUAGCUUAAAAUACUGGUGUUAAUAAAAAGCCUGCCAGAAGAAAAUUGUCUUCAUCGGGGAGCCUGUUUGGGCUGAAGUAUUGAGUAAGAGGGGAUUGACUGACUGGUAAACCAUUCUAAGAACUGAGGAAUAUAGUGAAAAGCAGGGUCUAAAUUCCUUAAAUAAACAAAUGAAUAAAGUCCUGUAAAAAUCCAUUUAGAUAAAAGUUGCUGAACCACAGGUCAACCACAGUCAUCCUUAGAGAAUAUCAAGCUCUCUUAAGCCUGGUGUCUAAAAGAUAACAAUGUUGGGGCCUUAUGGAUCUGCCUGGGACAGAUGGGUUGCCACCACUGAAAUGGCGUUCUUCCUGGUGAUCAACUGUCUAAGCUCUGAGACAGGGGUAUCCGUAGAAGAGGUUCCCUUGGAGACCUACUAAAUCCAAGCCUGAGGGACUUGAUCAUUGUUGUAAGGCAGAGUUGUGGAACCUGUGGCCUUCCAGAUGUUGUUGGACUACAGUUUGCAUUUUCUCUGACCAUGGUGGCUGGAGCAUCUAACAAUAUAUGGAAGGCCACAGGUUCCCCAUACCUAUCGCAAGACCUCUUUGCAAAUUGUUUUGUUUCCAGGGUUAUGCUGUUGCUAAGGGAUUUAUUUAUUUUCCCAGAAUUUUAACAUUUUUGCAAUGUUAUGGGCUAUACAUUUAGAAUGUUAUUGUUAUCCUAAUCUUUUAUAGUUGCUUGCACCCACCCUGAGCCUUCAGAAUAGGGCAGGAUAGAAAUGCAAAUAAAUAAAUACAUCAAAUAAACCCAGGCUCUUGUGCUGAGGCCGAUUAUCUGAUGUUUGAAAGUACCUCUAAAUACAAUGACCACACACGUCUUUAUUUACAUAGUGCUGGUUAUCCUUUAUGGCUUCAUAUCCUGAAUAGCUUUGAAACAGUCAGACUUAAAAGAAGCUGAAUAUUGGUUGGUUUAUGUGGAAUGCUUUUGUGGUCCACCAGAAUCCAAAUCUGGCAGUUUUACGACAUAAUACUAGCUGUAUCUGUCUAAUCUGGCUUUUUGUGGGUCUGCAGCAAUAUCUGGGUGGUCAUUUUAGCCCAAACAACAUGAUCAAAUAUUUUUCAGUGGUAAGGGAUUCCAUUUUUCCUUAUGGGCAUGUAAGCAUCCAAGUUGCCUUCAGACAUCCACUAAAAGCACAUUCUCAUCUGCCACAGUCAGCCUGAUAACAACUGUGGUGUUGGUUUUUUAGAUGGUGCAUGGAGUGGAUGAGUGAAUGGCAAAGCUGCCAUCGAUUGUUUUACCACCCAGUCAGACUCCAAGUUGCCGCUGCUUUAAAAUCUGAAAGCCAAGGGUGCUUCCAGACAGUUGUCAUUUUCAAGGUGCGAUUUUGUCACAUACCAGCAAAUUCAAGUAAAGUCAAUUAACCACAUUUCAUAGAAUCAUAGAACUGGUAUAGUUGUGUCAUGGAUCAGCCAAACACAGAGGGCACAGCAGCGGGUGCCAGAGAAGGAAGGGGAUGCUGGGAUGCCUCACAGGAGAAGGAGACUGGCACUGAGGGCGAGGAUUAACCGGAAGAGGCUUGCUUGGGGAGCGGGGAGUGACAGCAAGGGUGAAGAAUGCCCUAUGCUGAGUUGUCAGAAUGAGGCAGAUGUGGGAGACCCGGAAGAGGGCAGCAGCAGGAACUGGAGAGUGAGCACAGAACCGGUGGAAGAAUUACUAGAGGGGCCUGUGCUUGGAAAGAAAAUAUCAUCUGUUUAAAGGCCCUAACUCUUCUUAUAUAGCCAGCAGCACAGCAGCUGGACACCCCCAUAACACCUCCCCUAUAGCCAAGGUGUUUAGGAGGCAGAAUUCACUCCCUGCCCUGAGUGACUCUUCUAGCCUCCACUGACUUCCAAUAGCUGCUUCAGCACAUCUGAUGGUGUGCUUAAAAGCACAUUCAGGUCCUUAGAGUCUUGAUUCUCUAAGGGCAACUAUGAGCAAGGUGACAUAAUUUCCUGUAAAUCACCAAUGAAUGCUUCAAUAAAGUAACAAAUCCUGGACCAAAUAUAGUCACUGCGGUUUUUUCCAGGCUCUUAAAACCCAAGGGUGUUUGAAAGAUUCCAAAUUAGGACAUAACUAUAAUCUAGCAAAUCAAAAAGCUCCUUUCAGAUAACACACGCAGGCACACCAAAAACCCCAUCGUCUUAAAGUACUAGAAACAUUUAACACCACUGAAUUGCUCUUUUGGGGAAUGCAAGGGUUCGCCAACAGUUUUUGUACAAUCAGUCUUUAUUCCACAGUCAGGUGGUUCAGCAUCUCUGAAAUUUUGCUUGUUAGAUCAGGUGUUCCACAGCUGUUUCCUCCACAGUGACUCACAGCAGCAGUAAAAAGUCUGUUUCCACAAAGCACAAUCUAACGCCACAGAAAGUUACAUCUGCACCAGACCUCUCUCCUUAAAAUUUACCACUGUUGCUACAACCAAUUCUGCUCAAUUGGGUGCAUCAUGACAUUUUUUUAAGGCUUCUGAUUCUACCACUGGCCUGUUAUACAAGCUUGAAAACAAGCAUUAUAACCAGACAUUGUUCCAAAAUUGUCUUUAAUUUGAGUCAUGCCCCAACUUAUUGAGAUAUUCUGGGGAAACUGAUUGUCAGUAGGGCAGAAAACUCACAACUUUGGUCCAUUGAGCAGCAUAUUUAGCUGCCAAUACUAGGAAACAGCUGAGGAGAUAGGGAGGAACUGGGCUUACGCAUUUACCAGCUCCCACCACAUGGCAAGUAAAGGGAGGGCAGAUUCAGGGGUUGCAAGUAGGGAUGUUGUAUAAUGAUAAUUUGGCAAUGUUCUCCAGCAGGUUUCCAUGGGGUUAAUAUAUGCAGCUGUACUUAUUAGGUUUUGUGUGUGUAUAUUUUAAGGGACUGAACUUUUUGUGUUGUUCAGUAUGCCACAUUUUAUCAGUGUGUGUUUCAGAGGAAAAAGAACCUCAGGCAUAGCAGCAUUUUCAAGCAGGAGGGCACAUUGAUCACGAGACAGCUUCCAGCUGCAAAAUGUUUAGUGUUUUUCUGUAUCUUAUUCUUCUAGCGGAAAAAAGCACUUACAUUGCAGGAAAAAAAGGUAGCUCAGCCUAGCCUUCCUAAUAAAUCAGUACAAGAAUAGAGCACCGUGUUCCCAUCAUUAUCAGUUAAAAGCAAUAACACAGUGUGGAAAAACCAUCCAGCACAGAGUCACAGAGUUUAUCAUGAUUGCUUCCUGAUGGGAAGCUGGUAUAAACAAAACAGAGCCCGAGGCCAAUCAGAGACUAGCCUGGCCACUUGUUGCUGUAGGUAUCAAAAUAGGAAGUAAGCAGCUUCAAAACAGUACUGAGAAUCACUUCGAGGAAGUACUGUUUCCUUUUAGUGCACUCGCUAAAUCUGCUUAUCCCUUCUUUAGACUUUCCCCACCACCAGCUUAUUGAAGCCUAGUAAAUCUCCAGCAAAUCCAGUUUUGUAAAUGUAAUUCCAAACCCCCUCCAACCAUCUAUUUCUUUAAAUGUAAGUUCUCUCAGAGAACUAAGACUGGAUCCACAUCGCGUUAUCAUUAUCUGAACACCACAAAUCAUGAUAAAUUGAUGCAGAACAAAAGUUUGCAGCUACACCAAGUCUUAUUUGCUUUGCAUUGUCUGGAAGAAAUGAGGUUUACCUAAUUGAUGUGCUGAUAUAAAGUGUCCACAUAUGUCAAGAGACUAUGAAGAGUUAAAAGAAACGGCAGUGUCCAAUUUUUAAAAUAAAUGAUAAAUAGAUUUGAAGAGUCAGACCAGGCCCAUGAAUAAUAGAACAUAUAUCUGUGGAAAGGGUAACAGGAGUUUGUUUUAAAUCGAACACCAGUUCAGUGUCAUUCAUGAACAAUAAAUCUAAUUAUUUUGAUGAGACACUAGUUUAAAGGUCUUUUUUGCAGUUGCUUUAUUCAUAAAUCUUACUGUAAUCUGAAAAAAAGGAGAUGGCAUCACAAUAGACAAACUUUUCAUGCAACAGCCUUUCGAUUUAUGGCUACAUAAACCUCAAGAGUAUGAAAAAUCAAAUGCUUUACAUGUGACAUUGCCAUAGCAUUUCUUAAAGGAAAUUCUUGUUGUGUUUAUAGCUCUCAAGUCAAACAGAAAGGCAGGGAAUGUAUCACAUUAAACAUCUAAAUUUGUGAGUGCAGUGUGACCUUACCUCAGCAGGGGUAGAUAACUUUUUUUCUUACGCUGUACCAAACUCAAUUUAAAAAGACAUAGUGAGUUUGGUUUAUUUAUUAAAAAUGUGUAUACUACUAUUUUUUAAACAAACAAACAAAGUGGUUUACAGCAAUCAUGUAAAAAAAUUAAAAUCAGAGAUCAACUAACUUUAACAGAAAGAUACUUAUCUUAAUUGCCUGCAUAAGCUUUGCGGCAUAGAAGGUUUUCAGCAGAAUGGGCAGCUGAUUUUGGACACCUUGAAAGGACUUAGACCUUGAAACUUAUUAUUGUAUUUUUAAACUGAUUGUGUUGUAUUUUUUCUGUUAGGCAGGGGGAGAUUUUCUGUCUCAGGUACCAAAAUAACAUGGCUGGCCUAGGGUAUCCGGAUACUACUAUGUGCCCUGACUUGUCUUGGGCCAGACACAGCUGUAGUUCUUUCUUAGCCUAGCUAUUUAAGAUUAUUCUAGGUGGAGAUCACAAUUUUUAAAUGAGAUUAUUUUGCCUUGUCAAUUUCACUGAAUAUUUCAUGUGAAUACAUCCCCACAUGCACUCCCCCCCCAUGUUCUCUAAACAAACAUCAGAUGGAACAAUUGCUCUAGGAUUUUGACGAUUCAGAUUGCUAGAAUCCAACUAAAUGGGACCAAUCUGAGUUUUGAAGGGAAGGAAACACAACAGAGCAAGACCCAAGUUUCUUCCACCACCGCCCCCUUAUUUUAAAUAAUCACUACCAUUUUUGUCUGCUAGUUUCAACCACUGAAUGGAAGCAACAAAAGCCUUGGUCAAGGUUCAAGAACAACUCAAAGUAG